UUUCCUGCACCGAGCGAACUGUCAACCGGCAUCGAACAAAACAAACAUCGGUUUUCGAAUUAAUGCUGCGUGCGUGGGAAUGUUUUUGACCAAAGUUUCCAAUCGAUUACUGAUCGUUCGUAAUUUACGCCGGCAAUUUAAAAAUUGCUUCAGCCAAAGAGGAAACGAACGGUGGUCGGAAUUCAUCGCCAAACGAAGGAUGGAAGCAAGUGCAAUCGCUCGACCGGAUCCGGUAGUCAUAAAGAUCGAUUCGCCGGAAUUUCGGUCUAUUUUCACAAAAGAACUCGAAGAUUUGAUUGGUUUGUUCAAGAAAUAUAACUACGAGAUUCGCGUUGCUGGAGGAGCUGUAAGAGACAUCCUGAUGGGAAAAUGUCCAAAAGACAUAGAUAUUGCAACCACAGCCACGCCAACGGAAAUGAAGGAAAUUUUCAACAAGGAAAACAUUCGAAUGGUCAACAUGAAUGGAGAAAAGCAUGGAACCAUCACACCGAGGAUUAAUGAUAAGGAAAAUUUUGAGAUCACCACCCUCAGAAUCGACGCCGUGACGGAUGGGCGACAUGCUGAGGUGAUCCACACCACCGAUUGGCUGUUGGAUGCCAAUCGACGUGAUUUGACCAUCAAUUCGAUGUUCUUGGGAUUCGACGGCAAGGUAUACGAUUACUUUUACGGUUACGAGGACCUCCAGAAACGCCGCGUGGCGUUCGUUGGCGAUCCGGAUUUGCGAAUAAAGGAAGAUUACCUUCGUAUUUUGAGAUAUUUCCGGUUUUACGGAAGGAUUGCCGAAAACGACGAUAAUCACGACGAAGAAACCUUACGGAUAAUCGCCAAGAAUGCUGCUGGGCUUGCCAAGAUAAGUGGCGAGAGAAUUUGGCAAGAAUGGAAAAAGAUCCUAACUGGAAAUUUCGGUUGCGAUUUGACAAUCCGGAUGAUAAACUGCGGACUGGCUCCACACAUGGGUCUGCCAGAUCAGCCGAAUACUGACGAAUUUAAAGCAGUAUUCAAAAGGGUGGCCGUACACAAAGAUGAAAUACAACCGAUUACAGUUCUUUCGGCUUUACUUCUGGUUCCAGAGGAUGCCAUUACGCUUAAUUUACGACUGAAAUUUACAGUCUUCGAAAGAGAGCUAUCCUAUUUUCUCACACAAAAUCGGGAAGAAUUUAAGGAAGUUGAUGAGCUACUACCAUAUCAGCAACUAACUCUUCAUACACUCGGAAGUGCUAAGCUUAAGAAAGAGUAUGUCCUGGAACUGCUACGAUAUCAUGGAAAACGUGAUCUGUACAAUCAGCUUAAGGAGUGGCAAAUUCCGGCCUUUCCAAUCAAGGGCAAUGCUCUGAUCGAAAAAGGUGCACCGAAAGGCCAACAACUGGGUCGCGUCAUGAGUGAGCUGAAAAUGAUUUGGGCUGCCAAUGAGUUCAACAUGAGCGAAUCGGAACUGUUGGAACAUUUGCCAAGUGUGUUGGAGAAGUUGGAGAUUUCGAAGAAAGUGUAGGAAGCUGAGUUUAUGUUACCUGAAAUAUGCUGGUUUAUGUUAUUACAAAAUA